AAGACUGUGAUAAGUAGACAGGCCUAGUGAACCCUGGCCGCCCCCUCAAAUUUACCCUAAUCGACGCCAAUCGUGCCCCCCUCUCUCUCUCUCUCCAAAUCGAAAUCUCCGUCGCUCACUUUUCCUUUUUGUUUAGUGUAAUUUCGAGUUAGAUUUGUUUUUAAUGGCACCGCCCGUUAAAUCGGCGGCGAAUCCAAUCCUGAGUCAGGGUGGCGGCGCAUAUCCGCCGCGGGAGAACCCGCCAUCAAAUAACUUGUGGAUCGGAAACCUAUCGCCAGAUGUAAGUAAUACUGAAUUGAAAGCCUUGUUUGAAAAACACGGUAAAGUCGAUAGCGUCAUCUCAUACCCGUCCCGCAACUACGCGUUCAUCUACUUCAAGGAAAUUGAGGGUGCGGACUCCGCGAAACAGGGUCUCCAGGGGCACGUUCUCCGUGGAAAUCCUUUAAGGAUUGAGUUUGCGAAACCGGCUAAACCGUGUAAGAGUUUAUGGGUGGCUGGACUUAGCCAAUCUGUUUCCAAAGAGGAAUUAGAGGAAAAGUUCGCCAGGUUCGGUAAAAUCGAGGAGUUCAGAUUUCUCAGAGACCGAAACACUGCUUAUGUUGAUUAUGUUAAAUUGGAAGAUGCUACUCAGGCAUUGAAAAGUAUGAAUGGAAAACGAAUUGGUGGUUCUCAGAUACGUGUGGAUUUUCUUAGAUCACAAUCUUCCAGAAGAGAGCCAGAUGCAAAGGAAGGUCAGUUUCCCAGUAGGAAUAUGGCCACUUCAGAUUUUCGUUGGAUGGGACAAGAUUCAUUGAACAGUUAUCCUGAGCCUGGUCUUUCUGGUUCCAAAAGGAAAAGUCAAUAUCUUUCAAUAGGAUCACAAAUGGGAGAUGCGCCACCAAGUAAAGUUUUGUGGAUAAGCCAUCCUCCUUCUGUUAUUAUUGAAGAAGACAUGCUUCAUAAUGCCAUGAUUUUGUUUGGGGAAAUUGAGAGGAUUAAGACAUUUAGCGACAGGAAUUAUGCUUUUGUGGAAUUCAGAAGCAUUGAAGAAGCUAGGCGUGCCAAAGAGGGACUGCAGGGCAAGCUCUUUAAUGACCCAAGAAUUUCUAUUGAGUAUUCCAGCAGUGAAUUUCCUGGAGCUAGAGGACAAGCUGGUGAAUAUCCAUUUCAACCAGUUCAGAUGGACAUUCUGGGUCUUAACCGCCCAGUUAUGCUGAGCAAUAACACUGCACGUCCAUCCCUUGGAGUUCGUGGAUCUGAUCUAUAUAUGAGGCAAUCAUUAGGUCCCCAUAGUACAUUUGAACCGGCACUUCAUGGUCCGGACUUAAUCGACUUGGCUUCUGUUCAUAAAUUGCAGAACCCUAGUACGCAAACUUUGAUGGGAGGACCAACUUGGAGAAGGUCAUCUCCAACCCCUGUAAUAGUCUCUUCACCUUCAGCAGGUUUUGGUGUGCCGAAUAGAUCUGCAUCUGGAGCAUGGGAUGGUUUUGAUGCUAACCAACUUCAGAGAGAAUCUAAAAGAUCAAGGUUUGAUAAUGCUUUGCUUCCUGAAGAUCAAGGAGGAUUGGAUGAACAAUAUGGGCUGCGUCCAUUAAGUAGCAGUGUAGCUUCUGGUUCUCUAAUAAGGGGCACAAGCGGUGGCCCUGGGCAGCGUCAUUCUGAAAGUGAUUGCAUAUGGCGCGGUCUUAUUGCGAAAGGCGGAACACCUGUUUGUCGUGCUCGAUGUGUUCCUAUAGGAGAAGGUCUUGGUGCUGAUAUCCCUGAUGUGGUUAAUUGCUCAGCACGAACUGGAUUGGACUUGCUGAGCAAACAUUAUGAUGAUGCUAUUGGGUUUGAUAUAGUUUUCUUCUUACCGGAUAGUGAGGAUGAUUUCGCUUCAUAUACGGAGUUCUUGCGGUACCUGGGUUCAAAAGAUAGGGCUGGUGUUGCCAAGUUUGAUGAUGGCACCACCUUAUUUUUGGUGCCUCCAUCUGACUUCCUCACUAGAGUUCUUAAAGUUUCUGGACCGGAACGUCUAUAUGGAGUAGUUCUGAAGUUUCCUCAAGCAGUGCCUACUAGCACAACCAUGAUUCCUCGGCCAAUGCAUUCCCAUGCAGAUUCUCACAAAAUGACCUCUUUGCAUGCAGGAUAUAGUGCUAGUCCUCCAGAAGAGAGGGUUUUGCCUUUGGACAAUUCUAGGGUUUUGCCUGAGGAUCCAAAAUUGCCUCCAAAAGCUUCUUUUCCUGUGACCAGCUCUCUCCCUGCACACUCUAUACCACCAACCACAGUAGCAUCCCAAGCUAGUUUAGCUUUGACACCUGAACUGAUUGCUACUCUAACUGCUUUGCUACCUGCUAACAAUGGUUCUUCUGGUUCACAAACUGCAUCAUUGCCUCAGACGCCCUCUAUGCUGGGUGCAAGAUCAAAUGUUGCUGCUGGGCCUGACACUAAUGCAGCCCUCUGGAAGCAUGAGCUUCAGGCCCUAGAUCACAAUGGUCAGCUUGUCCAACAGCUGGGUAGCCAGAUCAAUUCCCAAUUGCAACAUCUUCAAGUGGCUCAGUCUGCUCCUACAGCUUCAAACUCUACUGGCUAUUACCCUCAGAUGUUGAAUUCAUAUGGCCAAAUGCAUGAUCGCCCAAUGAAUUUGACACCUCAAGGUGCCACUUCAUCCAAACCAUUGGCUCCUUCGAUUCCUCUACAAAGUGGAUCAGUUUCAGUGGCACCAGAGAUGAACCAGCAUUAUCAACCAGGGAGUUCUCAGGAUGUUUUGAGGGGCCAGGGGAUGGAUAAUGGACCAGAUGCUCUAAGGUUCUAUAAUUCAUCUAAUGUCCAGCCACCGGUAUAUCCUGUUGCAUUAUCCAAUCAAGUUCAACUUAAUGGUGUUUCCCCGCCACAGCCCUACAUGCCGCAACCUUCUCAAGUGGAUGUCACGCAUCAAAGUCAGCCGCCACAGACUGCACCAUUUGGGGGGUCACAAGAAAGUGCUGAAACUGAGGCAGAUAAAAAUGAACGUUACAAGACAACGCUGUUAUUUGCUGCCAAUCUUCUCUCUCGAAUUCACCAGCCAUCGGGUAAUCAACCUGGACAGGGUGCAGGGGGUCAUUGAAAAUAUAUCCUCAAUCAGUUAUAUGUCACUAUCCGUCUGUCGAUGUGGGCUUGUAUCAAUGAAAAAUACCAGAGUCCCAUGUGCGAAUGGUGCAAAUGAUCAAGUAACGUUAAUGCGUGAGAUAAGUAUGUUGAACACUUUUCAUCAACAUGAUCUCUCCCGAUCACCUUCAUCUCUACCUUAAGCAACUAGCAAUUUUCUUAACUGAAGUGAUAGUGAGAUAAUCCAUUCCUUGACCAUUCAUAUUGAAGUAUGCUGCUCUCUGUACUCAAUACUACCUCCAGGAUUAUAGGAAGUAGAUUGUAAUGCUAUGUCGUAACAGUUAAAAUUUCUGCUGACAUUGUUGCAACCUGCACUGAAGCAUGAAUUCCCGAUAUGUCUUUAGGCUCAUGAUGUCUACUCUCAAUUCAGUCUCUGCAAUGCACGUCUGGUUUCCUGUUUCUUGUUCAUAAAUUCGGUAUCCAGCACGAUUCAAUUAGUAUAUGCUCAAAAUAUACAAGCCUGCUUAGGAUCUGGAUGGCUCAUCCGAGUUUCUCAUGUCAUAGCAGCUGUUAUAUUAGAAGCUUGGUUUCUAUGUCUUUUCUGGAAGAGAAGCAAAAACCCAACUCAACCACGUCCUAAUUUUCAACUGCUUUU